AUGGUUCUUAAAGAAAUUUUUGAAGGUAUUAUUGUAUUUUUUUCUGCAUCAAGUUCUCUCAUUUCAUUCACUGUUCUCUUACUAAUCUUUAUUCGUGUUCGACCAUUAGCAUCUGACAAAGCCAUUGUUCUUACAUGUAAUACUUAUAUCACUUUACUUGGAUCUAGUUUUAUGACACUUCUCAUCACCAUUUAUGGAAUCCAUGGUGAUCUCCAUCCAUCCAUAUCUAUGGAUGAUUAUUAUUGUCAACUUCGAUCUUAUAUCAAUUAUGUUUUCAUAUGUAGUUUCUAUUAUUCAUGUUCACUUCAAGCAACAUUUAGAUUAUUUCGAGUAGUAUUUCCAAAACAAAAAGUAUUACAAUCAAAUUAUGCUUUUAUUAUUGC